AAUGCCAGCUGCUUAAAACCAUCGAUCAGUGUCUGUAGCUAUCUCUCUUCGCUAGCUAGGGUUUUGACUUUUGAGCUUCAUAUAUAUUCAAGUAGGACGUAGUGAAAAAUAAAUAAUGGAGGAGGAGGAGUUGAAAUUGGAGAGAAAGGAUGCAGGAGAAUGGAUAUAUAGAGGAGAAGGAGCUGCUAAUCUCAUUCUUUCUUAUACUGGUUCAUCUCCUCCUUUUGUUGGGAAAGUGUUGAGGGUACAAAAAGUCAAGAGAAAUGGGACCAAUUGUGAGGAACUUUCUUCAGUUUUAUCCGAACAUGAAUGCCUUUUGUGGAAAGAAGAUUGCGACCUUUUAGCUGCCCCAACAAGGGAAAUUGCAGAACAUCUAUAUGUCCAGGAUAUAAUGAGCCCAUUAUUAGGUUCUGAUCAUGUUGAUGCCGGGAUUCGUGUUCUAGUAUCCAGGGAUUUCCUUGAGUCAUUGGGGAAAAGUAUUCUUUCUCAGCGUCCUUCCUGGAGAGUUAAUGAUGCAGACGUCAAUACUCAGUGUGAUUAUGCACUAGUUAUAUCCGAUCAUUCAGUUUUUCCCCAAGCUCUUCAUGAUAGGGAGCUUUCGAUAUCUGUAGAGAUAAAGCCUAAGUGUGGAUUUCUUCCAUGUUCAAGAUAUAUCUUAGAAGAACAUGCAAUCAAAAGGAGCAUGACUCGUUUCAAGCUUCACCAGGGCCUAAAAUUACAACAAAAGAAGAUAUCACAGUUAAGCCAGUAUGAUCCGUUAGAUAUGUUUUCUGGAUCCAAGGAAAGAAUACUGAAAUCAAUUGAAGACCUCUUCUCUACUCCUCAGAACAAUUUUCGGGUGUUCUUGAAUGGUUCUCUUGAGUUUGGUAGCUUAGGUGGUGGGAAAUACAUAACUAACGUUCAUCAUGAUAAAGCGUUUGAGGAUGAACUAAAAUCUGUUAUUAAUGCCCAUGAUGGCAUGCGCACAACUUGCUUUCUGCAACUUGUUUCUGAGGCUGUUUUUAGAUCAAAAUUAUUGGAUCGCCUUCUUGAAGUUCAAAAACUUGAUGUUUAUGACAUAGAAGGGGCAAUUCAUGCAUAUUAUGAUGUUGUUUCUCAACCCUGUGUGAUAUGCAGAGAGCUGGGUGAAGAUCACUUAUCAGGAAGAUACAGCUCUUUGCAUUCACUCCCAUUGGAUGAAAGUUUGAAGAUUGUGAGGGAGUAUUUGAUUGCUGCAACUGCAAAAGACUUGAGUCUCAUGAUUAGUUUUCGAACGAGAGAAAAUUUGGAUCCAAAAUCUCCAUAUAAUGUUAUUUUUCAUGAAUCAACUGGCCAAAGUUUUGAUUAUAAGGUGUCUUUUAUUGAUCUGGAUAUGAAACCUUUGGAAAAGAUGAUAUAUUAUCAUGAGGUAGACCAAAAAAUUGUUCGUUGCCACACAAAGACGAUGAAACCCCCAAAGCCACCUGAAAAAUCUGCAUCUGAUGAAGAGCGGUGAUUGCCAUGGAAUAACAAUGAAGUGGAUGCAUUGUCAACGAUUAUAUGUUCCAGCCCCUAUAUUUGUGGUAAUCCAAUGAAGGGAGGCCCGGACAUUGACGCCUGUUGUGUCAAGGUUGGGAAUUGCUGCAUCACAUAGAUCGUUUUCAUAACUUUAUAGCUGAUGUGAUGGAGGAAAUAUUGCAUCAGCGGUCAACAUGCUACAGCAGGACUUAUGAAG